UGAACCUGCUCUUAUAUCUUUCCAUCACAUCUUCCCUAUCCAGUCCAAUAUUUCAUAGCAGAUUCCCUGAAAAGCAUCAUAAAGAAGAACCACCAUCAUGCCUACGAUCUCUAUAACCGUCAUAUCAGACCCCGUCUGUCCCUGGUGUUUCAUCGGCGCCCUCCGUUUAUCCCGCGCCAUAGCACUCUAUCUCAAAACUGUCUCCUCAACGGACACUAUCACCACCAAAUGGCACGCUUACCAGCUGGAUCCCAACACACCCACCCAACCCCUCAUCACGAAGAUAGCAUCGAAAUGGGGGGAAGACCAAGUACCAUCAGUCAAAGCCCGCCUCAACGGUAUCGCUAAGGCAGAGGGUGUGGAGUUCAACUUUAACUCUACGAUUGGAAACACCAGAGAUGCGCACCGAUUGGAGAAGUUGGGGCGGCUCAGGGGCAAGGAGACGGAGGUUGCGAUGGAGAUUAUGAGGAUGUACUUUCUGGAUGGUGGAGAUAUAACUAGUAAGGAGGAUUUGGUGACUGCAGCGGUCAAGGCGGGACUUGAGAGGGACGAAGCACGGGAGUGGUUGGAUGGCGACGAUGGGGGUGAGGAGGUUGAUAAUGAGGUUCAUGAGAUGCAAGAGAAGGGCAUAAGGGGUGUACCACGGUACAUCAUCAAUGAUAAGUACACAAUUGACGGAGCGGAGGAUGUUGGGGAGAUUCUGGAAAAGCUCGUUAUGGCGAGAGAAGAGCUGCUUACUGAGAACCAGUAG